AUCCCCCUCGAGUUUGUUGUGACAGGAGAAGCAGACGACGGCUCAGACACGCAAAGAACACCCAUUUACCCACAUUUCAGCCCUAUUUUCCCCACGUUCCGCCCACAUUUAGGCCAACACGCCCACCGACAUGAAUUCCGCGUGACUUUAGCCCGUUCAUAGAGACGCGGAUGGUGAUAUAUGAGUGGAAAUAGCUUCAUCGUCGCCAAUUGAGUGACAUCCAUGCAAGAGACUUCAAGAUGAGCCAUGGCCAUGGGAACGAGGGUGAAGAUACCAUUAAAAAUGGACUGGAUAAAUGCUCGAAUGCCUCGGGAGAAAACUCGCCCAAAAUAGGAAGCUCAGAUGAUAGUGAAAGCAUCAGCUGCAAAGCAGGCGCAGUUGCAAUAGCCAAUGGUGGCCCAGAUGUUUAUCCUCUUCACUGGCUCGUUUGGCAUAAUGACUUUCGGAGGCUUGAGGAGGAACUCAGCAAGGGGAAGCAUGAUCGCGAGUUGAGAGAUCCAAGAGGCCGAACUCCUCUCAUGUUAGCGGUCACCCUAGGACAUUUGGAGUCCACACGGACUCUUUUGCGGCAUAACUGUAAUGUGACUGUCGAAAACAAUGAAGGAUGGACAGUUGUACAAGAGGCCACAGCCACAGGCGAUCCAGAGUUGCUGGGCGCUGUGGUGGAAGGAAGGGACAUGGAGCGUUACUCCUCCCGUGUGGCCGGGAUUCCUACUCUAUUAUGCAAAUUAAAAGAGGCACCUGAUUUUUAUGUGGAGAUGAAGUGGGAAUUUACCAGUUGGGUGCCUCUCGUUUCACGAAUGUGUCCCAGCGACACCUACAGAGUGUACAAAAGUGGUUCAAAUGUUCGUAUUGACACAACGCUUCUAGGGUUUGACCAGACAAGCUGGCAGCGAGGGAAUAGGAGUUAUAUAUUCAAAGGCCAAGUUGAUGGAGCCACCAUGAUGGAGGUCGAUCAUGAAACUGGACAGGUGUAUAUGGAGAGUAUGAAAACGUUAACGCCUGACCAGGUUCAGUCGUACAUGCGGCCCCAUCCGGGUAUGGUCUCUCAUCGUUUAACUACGCCCAUAGCCACCACUUAUGUUGAUACAGAAAAAAUCAGUUUUGAAAGAGACAAAGCUGGUAUAUGGGGUUGGCGUAGCGAUCGCAGCGAAAUGGUUAAUGGUCAUGAUUGUAAGGUUUUUUCUGCUACAAACGUCGAGUUGGUAACUAAAACCCGAACAGAACAUCUGACAGAUGCUGAUAAGGAAAAGUCUUCCCCUCGUAGUCCUAUUCAGUCAUUUUUGAAUAUAGCCGAAACUGAGGAAAAGCAAAACUCGCCAUCUUCCUCUGAAGGGAGUGAGACCUACUGCCUCAAUAAUCCCAGCAACAUCACUGCCGAAGAGUAUUUCAAUCCAAAUGUAGAUUUACAAGGUCGUGACAUAGGGCGACCUAGAGAAAUAGUCAAGAAAGUACAAAACUUUAAGGCUCAUCUGUGGUUAGCAGAGGAGUAUCCACUAAAACUUCAGGAACAAGUUAUGCCUAUCGUAGAUCUAAUGGCCAUUAGCUCUUCCCAUUUUGCUAAACUUAAGCACUUCAUUCAGAUGCAACUUCCCAGUGGAUUUCCUGUCAAGAUUGAAAUUCCACUUUUUCAUGUGCUAACAGCUAGAAUCACAUUUGGCAACAUAUUUGGUCUCGAUGAAACCAUCGACAAAGUUUGCACCGUCAGUGAAGACGAAAGAUUGUCUUGCGUCAUAGAUGACUCAGUGUUUGAAGCCCCAGCAGGCUACACCAUCAUUGGACACUCCGAUCAACAACACCUGCAGAUGAGUAUGGAUGAGGAUGAUGCUCUUCUCCAGUAUGCCAUCCAGCAGUCUUUGGUUGAAGCUGGAACCGAACAAGAUCAGGUUGACAUUUGGGAGGCAUUGCAGGCGGACCACAGACCGGCUGUCAGACCCCAAGGACCAAGUUCAAAACCAGCGUCCAGGCCAAGCACACCAUCUCGGUUAUCUCUCCAGACGAUCGAAGAUGCUCAGCUGCAGAGGGCAAUAGAAGAAUCGUUAGCAAUGAGCAUGGGAGUGACACUCCCAGAGAAGAAAGCCGAGCUGGGCAUCACAAACAGCUCGGAGCAGGACCCAGCUGUCACAGGAGUCCUUGCAGUCACUCCGGGGGGCAGCGUCGUCGAUUCCGAAAUGGCCAUGGCUCUGUCCCUCUCGCAGCGACACCAGGAGGAGGAGGAGACGCGUCGCAGGCAGGAGGAAGAGACUCUGCAGCGCAUCUUGGAAUUAUCACUAACGGAGAAAUAAUGACGGCUGAUUCUUAGUCGUGUUUUUCCAAAUUUGCUUAACCUCAAACAAAGACCCUUCGUAUCGAUGAUUUUUUCAAUUAGUGUACUGUAACGAAUAUUGUUGAAAAGAUAUUUUAGACCGAACACUCACUUUAUACUACUUGGACUAUCUUUGUGUCAAUGGAAAGAACAAGGUUAUGAGAUGUGAACAGGAGUCACUGUGAAUUAUCAGCUGAGUCUUUCUAUUCAAUGUUCUUCUGUCAAUCAAAAUUGAACAUAUAAGAUUUGGAAUCUGCUUUUUAUAUAGCAUUGAAUUAGAAAAAUUGUAUUCAUUGGUAUGAGUAUAUACACAGUAUAUGAAUAUAUAUACUAUAUUUAUAUGAAAAAGUACAUGCACAAUAUACAUAUUAAGUACAUAUAUAUUAGAUAUAUUUCUAUAUUAUAUAUCAUUAUUACUAUCAGGAUAAACAUAAAUUAUUUGUUCAACCAAGUCAAUGAAUCAAAUUCAUCCUUCAACAAUAAUGUAAUCAGGUUCAUCCAGUUACCGAAAUUACCAAGUAAAUUAUUCCUUCAUACAAAACAUCAGCUGAGGUAAUGUUGCAGACUUUUAUUUUUCUGGAGACAUUUGUUGGCACUUUGGCAAGAAAGAUAAUGAAUUUGUCAUUUAUUAGAGUGUGUGCAGUAUACGUAUCCUAUGGACAGAGAUUUGACCCUUUUCAGUCUUCAGUCUUGUCAGGCUAACCUGUGAAAAUAUUCGGGAGACGAUAUCAAACAACAGUCUAGUCUGGCUUCUGCAACAAUUAGCCAGUAUUUGGGACAAAAUUAGAGUCCCUGUUUUACUCUUAAAUUGAUUUCACAUAUAUCUAAGACAUUGCAAAAUUAUUUUAUUCCAUUAAUAACUGUUGGAUUGAAAAACCUUGUGGCAAGAUGCUGAAAGAUUUCCAAAAACCUGCAAUUUCAACAUAACCCUUACAUAGCAGUUCAUGGUAUUCUAGGUGACCCUUUGUGAAGGAUUCGUUGUCAUCUAUUAAAUCACUAGUUCAUUAUACAUUAACUGCUCCUGGGUUUGCAUUUUCAAAUCUAAAAUGUACAAGUUAUCGUGCAGUUUAGUAAUGUUACGUACUUUUGUGAUAAUUUUUUACAAAAAUGCAGUCAAGUAAUGACUGGUACAAUACAUGUCUGUUACAAGAUCCACUAAGAUAUAAAUUUUUUAUUCCCUGAAUUGGCUUUUAUCUACAUAAUGUUUCAUCCCAAAUUAAUACUGGUUUUAGUAUUACAUGUUGCAUGAUUUCAAUCUUGUUUAUAAGGAACCUCUUGCUAAAUAACAGAACAGUUGACCAUUGUUUUGCAAGAUUAAGAUACUGUAUGUUCUGGAAUUGCUUAGAUAUUCUGUAUUAUCAAUAUCAAGUAGCUUAACCAGUUAACUUGAGUUUGAUUGUUCAUUUUCAUAGGCAUGGUAAUAUCUUAGAUAUUGAAGAUAGAACUACCACAACAAGACUGGGAACUGUGAAGGGUUGGUCAGGUAUCAUUCAAAUUUGAGCUCAUGUUAAAGAUUUCUAUUUAUCAAAGGAAUAUUUAAAAUGUUAAAAUAUCAGGGAGUAUCAAUUUUUUGCUGCCUUGAUAACGUUAAAUGGAGUUGAACGCUGUAUGUAUGCACUGUAACGUUAUUUUGUAGAGACAAGUUCUUUAGCAUCCAGCGUUAGGGGAUCUCCUAGCAUUGUCAAAUGGAGAAAUUACUCUCAAGCAAAAAUGAAAUUUAGCGUAAAUGGUAGCAUAGUAGUUUCUUCCUAUUGUUUCUGAAUGUGACUUCAAGAUGGGCUAAAACAAAUCAAGGUUUACACUUAGUUAGGAUAAAAGAUUUGAAAGAGUUGUUCUUUCAGAACACACAAUGCUGUGCCCUAUAGAACUCGUCACAGGUAUGAAACCCAACCAUUUUUGUUUUGUGGAGUCAAAGAGUUUAUAUAUUUGUGGGAAUUCAAAUUUACCAGUAUUUGUUUGUGAGAGCAAAAGGUAUUUGUUUGUGAAAACUCAAAAAAAUAAAUAAAUAAUGCUUAUUUGUACGUGAUGCUGCCGCUCGUUUGCCCAGCGAGAGGCUCUCUUUAUGAAAUGCAGUGUUUGUUGGAUAGAUGAUGGUGGCUAAUAGUGCCUCUUUAUAGCCUCUUUUUAUAUGGGGUUAUUUAGCAAAAAUAACCUUUAUUUAGCUAGCGAUUUUUGCACUGCAUUUAAGCUUUUCAUUAAGCACAAUAGUUUAUGAACUAAAUCGACUUUGUCACUACACCUGUAGGUCCAGUCCUCGAGAUAUAUUUGUAUCAAGCUCCUCUCUCGAGUAUUAAGGGUCUUGGGGACGAUGCAUUUUCUCUGGGACAGAGUUUAAAUUGAGCAGUUUCACGGAGGAUGCAAGGCUGCCGCCAGAGGAGAGACCGAUCUUCCAUAGCAUUCCUUCUGUAUGACCUCACCAGUCUUUCCAUAUUCUUGUUCUAUUCUAGGGUGAGAUCAUUCUACUCAGGAAAAGGAUAAUCUCACCUGCGUUAAGAUUUGAAGUACGAGAUGGUUCUCCUCUCUGGCUGCAUCCAAGCGGCUGCGGUGAACGGUUCAACUGUUAACGUCGAUCUGUUAUGUUUGCUCCUCGGUUUCGUAUUUUUUCGAGAAGUUUCCUUCAAGUGGAAGAAGUGAUUUGUAUCUAUGUGAGUAAAUGGAUUAAAUAAUGAAAUUAAA